AUGGCUGUUGCCAAAAACGUGAAAACCAGACAAGUGCACCGCCGCGCAAUCGAGCGAACAAGACUAGUCAACCCCCAAGGCCCCCAAGCAACCACCAGCAAGCAGCUGCAACCAUCGGGAAACUUUUGGUUGCUGCUGACCACAGUAUUUGCUGCUUCCCUGGAUGAAGAGGAUGAAGUCCCGGCAUCGUUUGCAACCACUUUUCAGUCAGAAAACGUGGUACCCCUACAGAAAGUGUCAGAAUUAGAAGCGCUGCUGGAUGAAGCCGGUGACAAGUUGGUGGUCAUCUUCUGCAUGGUCCGCUGGUGUCCGUUCUGCAGGAGGAUAGCUCCCGCAGUCGAGGAUAUUGCUUCUAAAGGAACACACAACAUAGUCAUGCUCAAGCUUGACAUGGAUGACCAGGAAGCCGAGUCCUCCAGAAUCGUCGCUCGCUACAACGCCUUCUACAUGCAUCAGGAGCGCUACGCCGUCGGUCUGCCGACCUUCGUGUUAAUCAGAGACGGCGAGAAGCUGGAACACUUCAGUAGCGCUGAUGAAGCGAAACUGAGGGGCGCCGUCAGGAAAUAUACUGCUUAAUGGACAUCACAUAGAUGGAUAA